AGAGAGAGAGUAGUAAACAAAGCUUUAGUAGCAUUAGAAUUAUCACUUUUCUUUAUAUUAAAGUUGGUAAGUGGGAGUGAAGGAACAAAGAAAAAACGAAAAGAAAAAAGCUUCAAACUUUCACUCCCAGAAAGAGAAGAUGAAGAUCACUGUGAUGACUGCAGACGAACAGAUCCUCUCCCUAGACGUUGAUCCUCAUGAAACUGUUGAAAACGUAAAGGCUCUGCUUGAAGUAGAGACCCGUGUACCUCUGCAACAGCAGCAGCUGCUAUUCAAUGGGAAGGAGAUGAGAAAUUUUGAGAAACUGAGUGCUCUUGGUGUAAAAGAUGAAGAUUUGGUGAUGAUGGUAUCUAAUGCCGCAUCUAGUGCUUCUUCGAAUGAUCUGAGCUUCAAUCAGGAUGGUUCUGCAGUAGACCCUGGGGCGUUCCAGCAGCAAAUUAGGAAUGAUUCUAAUUUAAUGGGACAGCUGUUUCAGAGUGAUCCUGAAUUAGCACAAGCUGUUCUUGGGAGCGAUCUGAAUAAAUUGCAGGACAUUUUACGGGAGCGUAAUAAACAAAGAUCUGAAUAUAAACGUCAACAAGAAGAGGAGCUUGCCCUUCUGUAUGCUGAUCCCUUUGAUGUUGAAGCACAAAAGAAGAUUGAAGCAGCUAUACGUCAGAAAGGUAUUGAUGAAAACUGGGCAGCAGCCCUGGAACAUAAUCCAGAAGCUUUUGCCAGGGUGGUUAUGUUGUAUGUUGACAUGGAGGUCAAUGGUGUUCCUUUGAAGGCAUUUGUUGAUAGUGGAGCUCAGUCAACAAUCAUAUCAAAAAGCUGUGCUGAGCGUUGUGGAUUGCUAAGGCUUUUAGAUCAACGUUACAAGGGCGUUGCUCAUGGGGUUGGUCAGUCAGAGAUAUUAGGUCGAAUACAUGUAGCUCCAAUCAAGAUUGGGAAUAUAUUUUACCCUUGCUCAUUCUUGGUACUGGAUGCUCCCAAUAUGGAAUUUCUCUUUGGUCUGGAUAUGCUCCGUAAGCAUCAGUGUAUCAUAGAUUUAAGAGAGAAUGUUCUCAGAGUUGGUGGAGGAGAAGUUUCUGUCCCAUUUUUGCAAGAAAAAGACAUACCUUCUCAUUUUCUUGAUGAACAAAGGCACUCCAAGCAAGCAUCUGGUUCUGGAGAUGUGUUGACAUCUGGAACAACAGGUAAAAGCAAAACCGUAUCAACAGGAGGCCAGUCUUCUGGAAAUGCUCGCGGUGACACAGCUCAGGGGAAUGAUUUUGAAGCCAAAGUUGCAAAGCUUGUUGAGCUAGGGUUCGGAAGAGAGGCGGUCAUACAAGCUCUUAAAUUAUUUAAUGGCAACGAAGAACAGGCAGCUGGAUUUCUUUUUGGGGGUUGAAUCGGACAUGUACUUCAAUUGAUUUAUUGGGCGAAUAAUGAUUUAUUGGAAAAAUUCAAUUAUAAAAAAAAAAUUUUAGUUCAGAAAUUGUAUAUUAGGUAGCUCAUUUCAUUUAAGCUAUCUAUACCAGCGAAAAGUGUUGCAAUUCAAAUGAAAACUUGAACCAUUUGAUGUUCUAAA